UUUUACGGUCCAGGCGAAGAAAAUCUUCACCUCAUCUCGCACUCUCUCUCUCAACUAGACCCAUUUUCAACUGUAGAACCACCAUCGACAUCGCCACAUAGUAUCAUCCUUUCUCUCUCAAGAUGUCUCCAAACGAAGAAUUCCGAAUCCCAGAUUCAGAAUACAGCCGCAACCUCGUGACAUUAGCAUCCGGCAGCAUAGCUCCAACAACAUCCACCUCCAUCACCACCACCAUCUCAACCCUCAACCUCCUCCCGCACAUCGAAGGCGGGUUCUACGCCGAAACCGACCGUGACCAGCUCCUGGUUCCCAACCCAUUCCAAAACCUCCCUCUUCUCACCAACGCCACCAGCACCGACACAUCCACGACUCGAAACGCCAGCACCACCAUCUACUACUUGAUCGCACCGACCUCACCCGUAGGGUAUUUCCACCGUAACCGAGGCCGGACAAUCCACACAUUACAUAAAGGUCGUGCGCGAUAUGUGAUUUUCCACGCUGAUCAGCGAGAUCGUGUGACUGGUCAGGUUCCAAUCGAGACGUUUAUCGUGGGUCAUGAUAUAGCCAAAGGGGAGAGGUUGCAGUGGAUUGUCGAGGGAGGGAAAUUUAAAGCUAGUUUUCUUCUUCCGGAUCAAGAGGGUGGGGAGGCGAGUGUGGAUGGGGCGUUGAUUUCAGAGACGGUGGUGCCGGGGUUUGAGUUUUCGGAUCAUGAUUUCUUGACGGCAGAGGGGUUGGAGGAUUUGGUGGGUGGGAGAGAGGAUGUGAGGAGGGAGGUUUUGUGGUUGUUGAAGAAGGCGGAGCAGGAGAAAUUGCUGAGACGGUGAAAGGCUAUGAGGGUAUGUCUGGGGUCUAAUUUGGUCUUAUAAUAAGUGAAUAUAGUACAUGUAUGGUGUGGUGGUCAUUUAUCAUCAUCGUCGUCG